GGGCGGGCGGACCGGUAGACGGACGGACGCGGGGGCGGGGCGAGGCCCGGUACCGCCCCUCCGCUCCCGCCCUCCCGGCGCGGCUCCUCUGCGCGCUGUUCCUCUCGCCGCCCGCCCGGACCGCGGACCCUCCUCGGCGGCGCCGGCCUGCGGCCCGGUUACUCAAGUGGAACCCAGGAUGAUGCCACGAAAUCUACCUCCUGUCUUAAUUUCUCUCACUUCUGUGCAGUGUUAUUGCAAAUCCGAGCACCAUAUCUACAGACUGUCUUGAAAUCUUCUGGAGAAGAGUUUGGUGCAUACUUAAAGUGGAGUAAUCUCGGCGUUGUUCUAAAUCUGCCACAGAAUAUCCUUAAUUAGGGAAUCCGAGUGACUCAGGUUCUGAAUGCCACAAAGAAUAUCACUUAAAGUCUGUUCUCUUUUGACUGAGGCAUUCACCUGACCUUCCAUCAGAAAGACUACGUCUACCUUAAUCUGUCCUAGAGAUAUUGAUGGAAUACAGUCAUGUCCACUCAGGACGAGAGGCAGGUCAAUACCGAAUAUGCUGUGUCUUUGUUGGAACAGUUAAAACUGUUCUAUGAACAGCAAUUAUUAACUGAUAUCGUGUUAAUUGUGGAGGGUACCGAAUUCCCUUGUCAUAAGAUGGUUCUUGCAACAUGCAGCUCUUAUUUCAGGGCCAUGUUCAUGAGCGGACUCAGUGAAAGCAAGCAGACGCACGUGAGCCUGAGGAAUGUUGACUCGGCCACGUUAAAGCUCAUCAUAGCCUAUGCAUACACAGGGAAUUUGGCAAUAAAUGACAGCACCGUGGAGCAGCUCUAUGAGACCGCCUGCUUCCUCCAGGUAGAAGAUGUGUUACAACGAUGUCGAGAAUACUUAAUUAAAAAAAUAAAUGCAGAGAAUUGCGUUCGCUUACUGAGUUUUGCCGAUCUCUUCAGCUGCGAAGAGCUAAAACAGAGCGCCAAGCGGAUGGUGGAGCACAAGUUCACUGCCGUGUAUCACCAGGACGCCUUCAUGCAGCUGUCCCAUGACCUGCUCAUCGAUAUCCUGAGCAGCGACAACUUAAACGUGGAAAAGGAAGAGACGGUGCGCGAAGCCGCCAUGCUGUGGCUCGAGUACAACCCGGAGUCGCGGUCGCAGUACCUGUCGUCGGUGCUGAGCCAGAUCAGGAUCGACGCCCUGUCAGAGGUGACGCAGAGAGCCUGGUUUCAGGGUCUGCCCCCCAACGAUAAGUCCGUCGUGGUUCAAGGCCUCUAUAAGUCCAUGCCCAAAUUCUUCAAGCCAAGACUUGGGAUGACUAAAGAGGAAAUGAUGAUAUUCAUCGAGGCGGCUUCUGAACAUCCCGGCAGUCUGUACUCGUCCGUCUGUUACAGUCCUCAGGCAGAGAAAGUCUACAAGCUCUGCAGUCCGCCUGCCGAUCUGCACAAGGUCGGAACCCUGGUCACUCCCGAUAACGACAUCUACAUAGCGGGGGGGCAGGUUCCUCUAAAAAACACAAAGACCAAUUACAGCAAAACGAGCAAACUCCAGGCUGCCUUCAGAACUGUGAAUUGCUUUUACUGGUUCGAUGCUCAGCAAAACACGUGGUUCCCAAAGACGCCGAUGCUCUUUGUACGCAUCAAGCCCUCUUUGGUUUGCUGCGAAGGCUACAUCUACGCCAUCGGAGGUGACAGCGUCGGGGGGGAGCUCAACCGAAGGACCGUGGAGCGCUAUGACACGGAGAAGGACGAGUGGACCCUGGUGAGCCCUCUGCCCUGUGCCUGGCAGUGGAGCGCGGCAGUGGUGGUCCACGACUGCAUCUAUGUGAUGACGCUGAACCUCAUGUACUGCUACUUCCCGAGGUCAGAUUCCUGGGUAGAAAUGGCCAUGAGGCAGACGAGCAGGUCCUUUGCUUCCGCCGCGGCUCUCGGCGACCAGAUCUUCUACAUCGGAGGCCUCCACAUCGCCAGCAGCUCUGGCCUCAGACUGCCAACCAGCACCGUCGACGGGUCUUCGGUCACCGUGGAAGUGUACGACGUGAACAAAAACGAAUGGAGGAUGGCUGCCAACAUCCCUGCCAAGCGGUACUCGGACCCUUGUGUUAGAGCAGUGGUCAUCUCCAAUUCUCUGUGUGUUUUUAUGCGAGAAACACACUUAAACGAGAGAGCCAAGUACGCCACCUACCAAUACGACGCAGAGCUCGACCGGUGGUCUCUUCGGCAGCACAUUUCCGAACGUGUGCUCUGGGACUUGGGGAGAGAUUUCCGAUGCACUGUGGGGAAACUCUAUCCGUCUUGCCUUGAAGAAUCCCCGUGGAAACCACCGACGUGUCUUUUUUCACCCGAUGGAGCUGAGGAGUUCGAGCUGGACAGGGACAUGGUGGCCUUACCCCCGGUAUAGUGGCGGGGUGCCGUGCUCAGUAGUUACCUUUAUAGAGAGAGAGCUUUAUGAGAGAGAUGAGGACGAGAAAGGGGAACAGGAACCCUGGCUUUCACAAAGUGUAUUUUUAUGCCCUACUUCCUAUUUGCAGCAGUAUAAUACGUAUAUCAGUGAGUCUUAUGGAGAGGUAGACCACCAUAAUCUGAAAUAGCUUAUCCAAUAAUUGAGAAACCUUUAUUAUAUCACAAGAGCCUAAGCAUCUGGACUGUCUUCUUUUAGCCCGAUGAACUUACCAUUUGGGACGAGUUUGCUUCAUUCCGUCGCUGGAUGUUCCUCGUGUGUCCUGUCCCGAGUCACUCUUCCCAGACUCUUCCUAGGCAGAUUCACAUUCCCUGAGCGUCUCAGGAAAGUGCUGGAAACGUUUUCAGUGCGGGAUGGUGGGAGCUUCUGAACACUCCCCUUCCCCCCUCCCAGUCCAGUCCGCCGUGUAGGUCUCCCCGUCACCAGCGAGGGUCCCCCGAGGCUUGGCGAAGCCUCUGACUGCAGGACCAGUCAGCCGUGCCCGAGGGCCCUGCCCCGCGCUUCCCUCCCUUGCCUCGUCCGUCUCCUGAGCAGCCGGUAGCUGACCAGGUGUGGACUUUGCCAGCCCCCAUGUGCAGGUCGGAGUGGGGCUAUAAGCAGUCAGUGCCUCCACACUCUGCGUCCCAGCAGUGUGGGCUCCCGCGGACAGAACUUCCUGCCGCUGACGUGUUUUUCCGUGGUCGGGCCAAGGUUUAGUGUGGGUGAAGCAGGCCUUUGAUUUUCACUGAAUUCCCAUAGUGAUGUGUAGGGAUGUCCCUUAGCUACGGGGGGCGGGGGGUUCUUGGGGUGGGGGUGGGCUCAGUGUUCAGGGAUCCUCUGCACGCGGUGGCAGUGGGGCAGAAGGCGAGGGCUGCUCCAGAGAGCCCCAGGAACCACUAGCAGAGGCAGGGGUGCCCCCACUCUCCCAGGAGCACAGGUGCUUCGUGACGACUGUACCAGCAUGUUUAGCUGCAUCAUGUUCAGCACUGUAUUUUGACUGGCAUUAAUUUAUUAAAGAAAUUGUCCCUCAA